AUGGCGUCGUACCUGGAUGCCGAGGAGCAGAAGUACCAGGACGAGGUUCAAGCUGUCAAGCAGUGGUGGUCCGACUCGCGAUGGCGCUUCACCAAGCGGCCCUUCACGGCUGAGCAGAUCGUGUCCAAGAGGGGCACCAUAAAACUCACAUACCCAAGCAACGAUCUAUCGAAAAAGCUGUGGCAGACGGUCGAGCAAAGAUUCAAGAAUAAAGAAGCUAGCUUCACCUAUGGCUGUUUGGACCCCGUCAUGGUUACUCAGAUGGCCAAAUACCUGGAUACUGUCUACGUUUCCGGCUGGCAGUGCUCUUCAACCGCCUCGUCCACAGAUGAGCCCGGUCCAGAUCUCGCAGAUUACCCCAUGACUACCGUCCCAAACAAAGUUCAACAUCUCUUCAUGGCACAGCUCUUCCAUGACCGAAAGCAGCGCGAGGAACGGCUUACCACACCCAAGGCGAACCGGUCAAAAGUAGCCAAUACCGACUUUCUGAGGCCCAUUGUUGCUGAUGCAGACACCGGGCAUGGCGGCCUAACAGCCAUCAUGAAGCUUACGAAGCUGUUCAUCGAAAAGGGCGCUGCAGGCAUUCACAUUGAGGACCAGGCUCCAGGCACGAAGAAGUGUGGACACAUGGCGGGCAAAGUGCUGGUACCCAUCAGCGAGCACAUCAACCGCCUUGUGGCAAUAAGGGCACAAGCCGACAUAAUGGGCACCGAUCUCCUAGCCAUUGCACGUACCGACUCGGAAGCCGCAACGCUAAUUACGUCGACCAUCGACCCCCGCGACCACUACUACAUCCUGGGGAGCACAAACCCCGCACUUCAGCCGCUAUCGGAGCUAAUGUACACCGCCGAACAGGCCGGCAAGUCUGGCGAUGAACUGCAGGCCAUCGAGGAUGCGUGGACUCGCGAGGCCAAUAUCAAGCUUUUCCACGAGGCCGUGACCGACACCAUCAACGCCGGUGUGCAUGUGAACAAGCAGGGCCUAAUCCAGGAGUUCCUGUCUGCCUCCAAGGGCAAGAGUAACGCAGAAGCACGCGCCAUUGCAAAGGGCCUGACGGGCGUCGACGUCUACUUCAAUUGGGAGGCUGCACGAACUCGCGAGGGCUACUAUCGCUACAAGGGCGGCUGUGGGUGCGCCAUAAACCGCGCCAUUGCAUAUGCGCCGUUUGCCGAUCUGAUCUGGAUGGAGAGCAAGCUGCCCGAUUAUGAGCAGGCCAAGGAGUUCGCUGAAGGUGUCCAUGCCAUUUGGCCAGAGCAAAAGCUCUCUUACAACCUCUCACCUUCAUUCAACUGGAAAGCUGCUAUGCCCCGCGACGAGCAGGAGACAUACAUCCAGCGGCUCGCCAAGCUGGGCUACUGCUGGCAGUUCAUCACCCUCGCUGGCCUGCAUCAAACGGCCCUCAUAGCCGACACCUUCUCCAAGGCAUAUGCCAAGAACGGCAUGCGCGCUUAUGGCGAGAUCAUCCAAGAGCCUGAAGCGGAGAAUAAGGUCGACGUCCUUACCCACCAGAAGUGGUCUGGUGCGAAUUAUGUUGAUAACAUGCUGAAGAUGGUCAGCGGCGGUGUCAGCAGCACCGCCGCCAUGGGCGCGGGUGUUACUGAGGAUCAAUUCAAGUAA